UCUUGGUCCAAACUACUUAGUAGCAACUAGCAAGUAGCAACCACUCGUAACAUGCUAUUGCUAAUAGGGCUGGAGGGAAGCAAGUUCGAGUCGAAUAAUAAACGAAUGAGUCACCUCUGUGCCUAAGUGAAAAGACCCGCAUCAGCCAAUCAUCACCUAAAUCGCUGGGAAAUCUCUAUCGUCGCUUCUCUGUCCCUUUGCCUUCCCAUUCCUGUGCUAUCUCGGCCUUCAAUCUUCAAUUAUCUGCCGGAGUUUAUUUUAUUUUUUUUACACGAACCGGCUGGUGUUACGGGGAAAAUAUGUACAAGUCCUCCCUUCAGAUCUUCUGCCAACGGAAAAAGUGGAUGCUCCCGGUUUACUCCGCCACCAAAGAUGGCCCCGACCACCGUCCGCACUUCUUCGCCACCGUCACCGUCAACGGAACGUCUUUUGCAUCGGAAGUCGCGGCCAAUUCCGCAAAGGAGGCACAAAAUGAGGCCGCCAGAGUGGCGUUGCUACAACUCGGUUCCGCUGACGCUUCUCCGUCGCCAGGUGACUUGGAUUCAAGCCAUGGAGCUGUUUCUGGUGAGGGAUCACAAGCUAUCGAUGAAAUUCCACAGGCAAGCGGAUUUCCUGCAGCUGGUAAACCGGCAGAGACCGUCAGAGAUAUGCAGCAUUUGUGCAAAACUCAGUUGCAAAUCUAUGCUCAGAAGAGAAGUCUUCCGUUGCCAGUGUAUGCUCAUGAGCGGGAUGGUCCUUGCCAUGCUUGUAGGUUCAAGUCUACUGUCGCAAUUGAGGGAAAAACCUACUCGAGCGAGGGAUUCUUCCCUACAUUGAAAGAUGCUGAAAAUUCAGCAGCAAAGGCUGCAUUGGCGUCAUUGUUGCCUACUGGUAGUGGAGAGGAGGAAAUCAGUUACAAGAACCUGCUGCAAGAAUUGGCUCAGAAGAAGUGUUUUCUUCUUCCCGUUUACGUCACAACUAGAGCUGGUGAUGUUCACGCAUCUACUUUUGUUUCGACAGUGGAGGUAAAUCAGCAGGUUUUUACUGGAAUAGAAGCAAGAACUAAGAAACUGGCAGAGAUGAGUGCAGCAAAUGUUGCUUAUACAAAUCUUAAAGAGUGUAGGUAUCAACCGUUAUCCGUUGUAUUUAUGUAUGUUCUUGUUUGGUUUGUCCUAUAGAUUUUCGAUUUUGUGUAGGUCUAGGUUUACUCUUUGAGCUACCUAAGAUUGAAACUUGGACAUAUGUAUGUCGUUUGUGUUUAGGGUGAAUGGGUCAGUAAACAGUUUGUUGCUUCAUAUCAAGAAGUUAAACUCGUGUUUGCUUUCAGACAAGCAAACAUAUCUUUGUUAGUUCACUUCUUUCUCUCCACAGUCUUAUUUCUCCUGUUUAUGGAAUUAAGGGCCUUAGGUUAUUGCAAGGAGUUUUCUAUGUGUCUUUUCCAUGUAAAUAUCUCAUUGUAUGUGCUGUUUGAUCAGGCAAUUCGAGUGAAAGUGCCGCAGGCCCUGUUGAUGUUAGCCAAGAGCAAGAACUUGGCUUGCCAACUCCAAAAGUUGACUUUGGCAAACUGGCUCAUCUAAAUCAGAAUUUUCAGCCUAAACUCCACCCUGUUGCUGCUAGCAAAGGGCAAGAACUUGUUUCGUCAUCUCCUCAGGUUGAGUUGUGUCACCUCAAUCAUUCUAAUAAGAAUAUCCCGCCUGAACUUCUUGUUCCAAGCGAAAAGCUGGACCCUACAAGUGCUGCUGAUUCUUCCACCAUCAAUCCUGGUUCUUUUAGCGGCAAAACAAUUGGAAAACUUCCAUCUCCACCUCUGGUCAGCCCAUCAUCCGUAUCCAAUCUCAAGGAGAAAAUUGCAGAUACCGAUACUGCAAUUGCAGGUACCGAGCCCUCAGUUAUACACCCUGGUGCGGACAGAACCAAAGUGGUUGGAAAUCCUCCUGCUUCACAUCCACCAGCCUCUCCAUCUUUCACUCCUUUAGUUACCCAUGCUGGUGGUGCUGUGGCUUCUGAUUCAAGCAUCCAACAUCAGAAUGGUCUGACCCCUAGACUCCCGUCAACGUCUCACAUGCCUUCAGCUAUGCCUGCAAAUGAUGGAUCGUGUUCAGGUAUCAGUGGUCUUAUCAGGUCCAGCAUCGGACUCCCGAAUCGGAUUGUCAUUCACCCAAGCAACAUUAGCCCCACUUACCCUACAGGCAGCACCGUGCUACCGGUCAGCGAUACCAAUUGGGUUGCUGUGAGCAGCCCUCCUCAAUCAACCAUGUGAAAAGCAUGGAUCCUUAUGAAGAAUGGCUUGGUAAAAUCUUUUAGCGUUUUGUGACCCUUAAUGUGGGUGAUAAUAGAGGUCCUUUCGGGGCUAAGAUCAGGUGACUAAGGAGAUCCCCUUAGUCAUAUGACUAAGUGCAUCUCAGCCAUCCAACCUCAUUUACAUCUAAUGGUUCUAAAUAAUCUAAGUUAAUGAAGGAUAAAGUGGUAAUUUCAUAUUUUAUUUAACAAUUUAAAAUUUUAAAACAAUUCUGCCUCCCUCCCGUGUUCCUCUGCCUUCCGCUGGGACGGUCACCAAUUCCUUCCGCCUUCCUUCGUCGGGCGCCGGCCAAGUGUUUGGCUGGCAUCGCAUAUUCCUCCAUGGGCCUGGGAAAAUAUUUUCCCAAAGAGUGGCUUGAGAGAGAGAGGGAGAGAGAGAGUAUGGUUAUGUUUUUCCAGCCACAUUUUUCCGGCGACCUGAGGUGGAUGAGAAUUUUUCGACGACAGUGUUAGAUUUGUGAUGUUUGUCAACCUGCUUUGUAAUGUUUAUAUCAUUUUCGGUUUAUAUUGUUUGUCAUUUUUCUCUAUCAUGUUAGUAAUGUUUAUAUGACUAAUUUUUAUAUAUUGUAAUUUGUAAUGUUUGUUUGUCUAUUUUGUAUACUUUGUAUUUAUUGGUUUGUAAUUUUAGUUUAUCGAUUUGUAUUAUAAGUAGUAAUGUUUUGUAUUGUUAGUAUGGUUUGUACAGUUUUGCCGGUUUAUUUUGUA